GCGAGCGCGCGGCCUUGCCGUUGGGACGGCCCGACCCGACCCGGCGUGGGAGCGGGGGGGCCGGGCGCAGGGGGUCCCCGGGAAGAUGGUGUCGUGGAUAAUCUCCCGAGCUGUGGUGCUGGUGUUUGGAAUGCUUUAUCCUGCAUAUUAUUCCUACAAAGCUGUGAAAACAAAAAAUGUGAAGGAAUAUGUGCGCUGGAUGAUGUACUGGAUCGUCUUUGCUCUCUACACGGUGACAGAGACGAUAGCAGAUCAAACCAUUGCCUGGUUUCCGCUGUACUGCGAGCUGAAGAUCGCCUUCGUCAUAUGGCUGCUGUCUCCCUACACCCGCGGGGCCAGCUUGAUCUACAGGAAAUUCCUCCACCCUCUUCUCUCUGCAAAGGAAAGGGAGAUUGACGACUACAUCGUGCAAGCAAAGGAGCGAGGCUACGAGACGAUGGUGAACUUUGGGAGGCAAGGGCUCAAUCUGGCGGCCACCGCUGCAGUCACCGCUGCGGUCAAGAGCCAAGGAGCCAUCACAGAGCGCCUGCGGAGCUUCAGCAUGCACGACCUGACGGCCAUCCAGGGGGACGAGCCUGCGGGGCAAAGACCAUCCUACCAGCCCUUAGCGGAGGCAAAGAGGAGCAAAGCUGGCACCAGUGAGGCAGGAGCUUACGGAAUUCCACUGAGAGACGGCGGAGAGAAGACAGAUGAAGAAGCCGAGGGGCCCUAUUCAGACAACGAGAUGGGGCCUCACAGAGGGCUGCGAAGAUCCCAGAGCAUGAAGUCUGUGAAGACCACCAAAGGCCGCAAGGAGGUGCGGUACGGCUCGCUGAAAUACAAGGUGAAGAAGAGGCCACAGGUGUACUUUUAGUCGGUCCUCCACACGUCUAGAUCCCAAGACCACGGAACUGAGGAGUCCCCUUCCUUUCUACGUGAUGCAUUCUCAGGACUUGCAUGUUGACUCUGCAGGCUGUGGCGAUGACAGGGUGUACUUUCCUGGGUUUAAGUAGUUCCGCUUCUCUAACAAGGACUUUCUAAUACUGACUACUGCAGGCAGUUAUGCAAGGGUUAUUAAUAGACAUGUAUAAAUGACAGAAGUUACAGGAAGUCAUGCUAUCUGCUUUCAAGUUCCUCGGCGACCUUGAGUGCCUGGGAUAGAAGAUGAGACCCAAGACCAGAGAAUGCUUCAAGCCCUUCCUGCUCCGGGAACCGGCUGUCCUGGCGCACGCACGGGCCGUGCUCCACCUAGUUGUCACCUCGCUGUACGGGGAGAGGUGGGACCGCCCCUGAGCGGGCAGACAUCAGAGCGUCGUGUAAGGUGACUCUUGACAAGCCUUUCAACUCGUACUUUUGUAGUAAUUUCUUUGGUCCUUUACACCACUAAGUGCACGUUUUUUGAAAGAAAUAUUUGAAAGCCAGGUUCGCACAUAGCACUUUCCUGACUAGUCUUGCUCACUUGAAAUGUUUACUUGUUUUACAACUACACAUUUCCCUUCAGUUUGGCCGUCUGUCUGUCUGUCACAUUCUGACAUGCCACAAUUAUGCCUUUAACUCUGCCAUCUCUGUUGCCUGUUGGUUUUGUUUCCUAAAUUCAGUGGAUUUAUAAUAUAAAAAUAUAACUAAUUGUUCAAUUUCAACUCUGUUUUGAGACAAGAUAACCUAAAAUGGCCUCAAACUCACUAGAUAGCUGAGGAUGACCUUGAACUUGUGAUUCUCCUGCCUCCACCUCCCAAGUGCAGCUAUUACAGGUGUGUGUGACCACACCCGGCUAAUUUCAAGUACUUUUAGUUAUCUUCUUCACAUAUGAGAAGUUAUUUUACAUAUUUACCAGGUUUCUCUACUUAGAUGUAUAAUCUAAUUGAAUCUGGCAUGUUUUUGUCAACACCAGUUAUAUUUUUUAGCUUUUAUGAAGUAAAAUCACAGACCAGUACAGCACUCAGGCCUUUUCUAACACAUAAAAUUUUCCCGUAGGCACCCGUUCCCAAGCUUGGCAGGGAUGGGCGCUGCUGGUCCAGGAGUCUGGCACUGACUGGAAUCAUCUGAAUCUUUUGCUGGCUGCAAUGAGUCCUGAAGAGACGUGCCAGCGCAAAACACAGGCAGCCAGAAAAAUACCACUUUUGUAGUCUAAGAGACUUAGAGGCAUUGUUUGUUGUUUUAGGUGUACUGAUAGCCGUGCAUUAUCAACCUUAGCUCCGUGGUUCUUUUGUGUGUGACGGUUUUGAUGGUAAAUAAUCUAAGUCAUAGAUACCAUGCUUGUUUCGAUAAUUCCCCUGGCUAUUGGAGAGGUUUGCCCAAAAAGAACAGAAUGAGGGAGAUUUGUGUGGCCUUUGACCUUUCCAGCUUUUGACAAACGGCUGGUGCUACGUAGUGAGGGCUCCCGGGAGCGCUGACCCAACGCUGCCCGAGCGCUUGCGUGCCCGCCGCGCCCUGUCCCUUAGUGCUUGCCUUGGCUGCCUGACGGCUCUCGUCACUGGCACGCAACACCAAGGAAGAACUUGAUUUUCUUUGCUCCUAAGGUUAAUUCUGCAAAUAUUUCCACGUGCUUGGCUUUGACUCAUUUUUCGGCUCUCUGUUUCUGGAUAGACUUUAAUUUCUAUUCAAAAUUCCUAUGAAUUCAAAGUCUCAGUUCUUGGAAGAGAUCGCUGCUGAUCUCACCUGACACUGCGUCCCGACGUGAACGCUGUAGAGUGCAGAUGUCUUCAGGGCCGGGGCCUCAACUUUCUUGAUGAGGUGACUUGAUAAGUUAGAGAUUUGUAUCUAUAACAUCACCUCUGGGGCUCGCAUUGCACCAUUUUGUCUUUAUCCAGUGCAAUCUCAGUAUUAACCCUACUUUCUGGGCUAGACUGUGGCUCAGUGAGAGACCCCAUGUUGGGCAAGUACAAGGCCUUGGCACACAGACCAAACAAAACCACCUGUCCACCAGUAAGCUAGUGUUCUUUUCUUGAUUUGCUUUGGUUUUGGUUAUUUGGGAGGGGAGCAUGGGAGGCUAGUUGAUUGAGUUUGAGACAAGGUCUCACUCUAUAGCCCAGGCUGGUCACGAACUCAAGGGCAGUCCUGUGCCUCCGCCUUCUGAGUGGCAAAUUGAAGGCCCGCCAUGCCCAGCCUCCUGUAUCAUUUUAAAAAGAAAGGGCUAUUUUUCUUCUAGAAUCAGAAUGCUUAAUCAAAAGUGACACCAGUCUCCAAUAAUGUAAGCUGUGUCACAUGCACAGUCUUCCCCUGGUGGGUUUGGACUCUCAGGACCCCCAGCCACAGGCGAGGCUGUUUGGCUCCGCCGUCCUUUGCUUUCUUCAUAUUCUCACACUGUCCUCGCGCAGCUGAGGCCUCCUUGUCUCUUGGGAGGUGAUGCUGGUCGUUUGGCUUGUUUCUCUGCUGCUAAGUUGCUGAUCUUGGGAGAUGUCAGUUCAUUCCUAGACCACAGUGCCUUGGGGUGCUGGGUACAAGAUGCCUGUGUAGGGCACUGUUGGAAUUUAUCCAGAAAUUGUAGGCUACUGUUAUUUUAUUUUACUAUACAUUCAUUCCACUUAGUCACUAAUACCUAUUUCCCAAGUUUGUUUAGGAGUAAGGAAUAAUCUAUAGUGCUUUUUUGUCUUAUCUGCCCUCAAAAGGACCCAGAAGCAAGCCUAUUGCCAAGUAGUUAAUUACAUAAACUUGCCUAGCUCCUUCCUACUUAAGAUCCCCUCCACGCUGUAGAUAGGGCUAAAAGAUAAUUGUGUCACCGUUGCAAAUUGUAAACACUGUACCACACUGAUCACUAGGACAGUUACUGAAGUAUUUUCAGGGAUCUUACUCCAUAUGUCACCACCAAAGAUUUCUACAGUGUUAGAAGUAUGUAAAUAUUCCAUAUUUCUGUAAAACACUGGUUAAACAAAUGUGUUUUCUUUCAUUUUGUACUUUUGGAAAAUGCUUGAACUUUUAUGUUAAAAUAUAUAACACUACCUUAUAUUAAC